UAUAUUUUGUUUUUCCAUUUUCGUUUUCUUUUUUUCGGGUUCAAGCAGAAAAAAUGAAGCUGAUUUUGUUGAGUUGGAAUUAUGGACACUCUGUAUUAGCCAAAAUUAUUAUUUAGGGGCUGUUCAUAGUUCUAGGAUUGAUACCCAGAUCCGCAUUUCUCUCUAUAAGAACGAACAUUCUCACAAUUCGCCAUGUUCUAAAAAAAGGAAUAUGUUUUUUUCAAGUAAAAUAAAAUUUUCAAAGACCUGGCAAAAAUAUUUUUGGUUAGUUUUUGCCUAGGUUUCGUUGUAAUUUUUUCUUUAUGACACACUCGCUUCAUUUUUCUGUCUUUAACAAAUCUAGACAACAGAAUUAUUACAUAUUUACAAAAUAUAGUUGCUAUUUUUGUUUUGUUUUUUGAAUUUUCAUUGUUGGUUAAUUGACAGUUUGACACCUGCAUUUUUUUUUGUUCCAUUUGUUCUUUGAGGGGGGGCCAAAGAUGCCUUUUGGGGUUUCAUAAUUUGGGUCAAGGAAUCCCCAUUUUGAUCCGUUUCUAACUUUUUGAGUUUUUUUCUUUGAUUUGGGGAUCUGGGUUGUUGUUGAUUUGUAGUAUAAUCAUUUUGGGAUCUCUCAAAUUAGCAUAUGAUUUUGAUUUGGGAUCUGGGGUCUUCUUCAUUAAGUCGAAAGUUGCAUUUUUUUUAUACCACCCAAAAUCAAGAAAUUUUCAUAUACACCAGAGAGAAGAUUAAGACACAUUUUUUUGAGGAAGGUGGAUUGCUAAUCCUGAGAGCGUUAUUUAUCUGGGAUCAUUGAAUUCUAUAACAUAGGAGAAAAACUGCAUUGAAUGAGGCAGUUUCCUGUUUGGAAAACGACAGGGGCUCUAAAUUAUGGGUUGCAUUUGCUCGAAAGGAACUCGAGCAAAUGAAUAUGUUGAAAACAACCGUCGCAAAAGAGACAAGGCCCACAAGGACUCCGGAAAAACAUCAAAAAAGUUGUCUGUUUCGUCUAAGAGGGACAAUGUUGUGGUGGAGGCAGAUGCCACUGCACGGCUGAUAUCGAAUCAGCAGGCAAAUCACAAUGCCGGUUAUGCGCCAGCAUCCUCUUCUGAUGAUGAGGAAAAGAAGGAAGCAUUGGCGGUUGUUGAGAGCUCUAAAAGGACCCCACCCCAGCUGCAAAGGCGGGCAACAAUGGAGGCCGGGCUAAGGGGCGGACAAGGGCAGCAACCGAGGAUGUCAAGGAUCAUGAGUGCAGCGGGUGGCGAGAGAGGGGCACAGGUGGAAGCUGGUUGGCCUUCUUGGCUAGCAGCUGUAGCUGGAGAAGCCAUCAAUGGGUGGAUACCUCGAAAGGCAGACUCAUUUGAAAAGUUGGAAAAGAUCGGUCAAGGAACUUACAGCAGUGUGUAUAAAGCUCGUGACCUUGAAUCAAACAAGAUAGUUGCCUUGAAGAAAGUGCGAUUUGCUAAUAUGGACCCUGAAAGUGUUCGUUUCAUGGCAAGAGAAAUUAUUAUAUUGCGUAGGCUUGAUCACCCUAAUGUCAUGAAGCUUGAAGGUCUAAUUACUUCUAGGGUGUCUGGAAGUUUAUACCUUAUAUUUGAAUACAUGGAGCAUGAUCUUGCAGGCCUUGCAGCAACAUCUGGGGUUAAGUUCACUAAGGCCCAGAUCAAGUGUUAUAUGCAACAGCUGCUUCGUGGACUUGACCACUGCCAUAGUCGUGGGGUUUUGCAUCGUGACAUCAAGGGCUCAAAUCUCUUGAUAGACUAUAAUGGCAACCUCAAAAUUGGUGAUUUUGGACUGGCAACCUUUUUCUGUCCCAGUCAGAAGCAGCCUCUAACAAGUCGUGUAGUAACUUUAUGGUACCGCCCUCCUGAGCUUUUGCUUGGUUCUACAAACUAUGGAGUCGCUGUCGAUCUGUGGAGUUCUGGUUGCAUUCUUGCAGAAUUAUUUUCUGGAAAGCCUAUCAUGCCUGGAAGAACUGAGGUGGAGCAACUGCAUAAAAUCUUCAAACUCUGUGGAUCACCUUCUGAAGAGUAUUGGAAGAGGUCCAAAUUGCCACAUGCAACUAUUUUUAAACCUCAACUUCCUUAUAAACGUUGUGUUCCUGAGACAUUCAAGGACUUUCCUUCAUCUGCUUUGGCCCUUUUGGAGGUUCUUCUUGCAAUAGAACCUGAGUGUCGUGGAACUGCUUCUUCAGCACUUCAGAGUGAGUUCUUUACAACAAAUCCUCUCCCAUGUGAUCCAUCUAGUUUGCCCAAGUACCCACCUAGUAAGGAGUUUGAUGCCAAGCUUCGAGAAGAGGAAUCUAGAAGGCGAAGACCAGCUGGUGGAAAAGUACAUGAACAUAAUCCAGUUAGAAAGGUUUCCAGAGAAUCUACAGCCGUGCCAGCCCCAGAUGCCAAUGCUGAGUUACAGGCAUCCAUACAGAAGCGGCAAGGACAGUUCAAUACUAAAAGCAUCAGUGAAGUACACCAUCCUGAAGAAGACAGGGGCGCUGGCUUUCGUAUUGAGCCUCCAAAAGGAACAGCAAGAGUUGUAUACUCUCAUUCUGGCCAGUCAAUGCACCCAAAUAACUUCGGAUCAUCACGGAAUAUGAAGGCACAUGAGAUUGAGUCUAUGAAGGCUUCUGCUCGAGCAUUUGGUUCUCCAAGGAAGCCUGAAGAGUUGAGAACUCAGACAACAUAUGUCCAUCGUGGAGCAGUGGAAUUGUCUAGAUUUUCUAACUCCGUUGCAGUUAGAGGCAGUUCACGAUUUGCUAUGACCAAAGAGACUAGCAUAAAUCCCCACUGGCCAGAGGAGCGUUUUACUGCCAGAUAUAACCAUAUGGAUAAUGCUGAGCCCUCUGAAAAGCAUGAAUGGUCCCAUCAUUUACUCGAUAGGCCAAAGACUUCCCAUGAGAAGGAUGAACAGCCAUCUUCCAAGGAAACGACAGUGGGUUAUGUUCCCAAGAAAAAUCGAAUCCACCAUUCUGGACCAUUGCUGCCUUCUGGAGGAAACCUUGAGGAAAUGCUCAAAGAGCACGAGAAACGAAUCCAGCAAGCUGUCCGCAAAGCUCGUUUAGACAAGACAAAGACAAAAAAUGACUUCGAUGAUAAUGGACAAACUGAAUUGCUGCUUUACCGCACGAGAAAUGGCAGGUGACAAUUGGAAAGAAGUUUAUACUGGCAUUAUUUUGAUGCAGAAGCUCUGCAGUGUGUCAUAAUUUAAUUAUUAGAAAGAAGUAUUGUCUGUUGGAGGUCUGAACAAGUCUUGCUGCUAGAAGAGGUUCAAAUAAUCAUAAAAUUCCUAUGAAUUUUCAACCCAGCAGCUUGGUACCUUUUUUGUCUUAAGUUCACUUCUAACCACAGAAAUCUUUUCUGUUUUAAGUUCACUAUGAAGUUCUAACCACAGAAAAACGGUAGAAGAUUGAGAAUGGUGGGUGGUACAUGGUGAUUGCUGUUGAGAUUUGCAUGCUGGCCAUUUUUUUGGUUGCCUUAGGGAGAGUUCCCUGACCUUAUUCAACUUUUGGAACUAUGCUUUGUACAGCUAAAGUAAGUUUCUUCCAAUUAAGUAUACUGCAUUCUUUGUAAAUGUCAAAUGAUCUGUUCGAAUUUAGUGAACUUCACUCACAGGCUAACAUUGUAUUAAGACAAUAGCCACAAAGACUGGUCCUUACAGAACACAUCAGUUGGAUCUCCAAUUUUUCUUCUU